AUGGACACCGCCACCAGAGAUGAAAAGACCAUCAGAGUCGGAGCCGUCCAGGCCGAACCUGUCUGGCAUGACCUUGACGGAUGUGUGGACAAGACUAUACAACUUAUUAACCAAGCCGCCGCAGAUGGCGUUCAAGUUCUUGGAUUCCCCGAAGUAUGGAUUCCAGGAUACCCAUGGCAGAUGUGGUGCGCUCCACCUAUUGUUCAAGCGACCUGGGUUCCUCAGUACCAAGCAAACUCCAUGACUAGGGGCUCUCCUCAAAUGAAACGCAUUCAGGCAGCUGUUAAGAAAACUGGCAUGUUUGUUGUGCUGGGCUACAGUGAGCGCGAGGGAGCCAGCAUCUACAUUGCGCAAGCCUUCAUCUCACCUGACGGCGAAAUCAUCCACAAUCGCCGCAAAACCAAGCCUACUCAUGCAGAACGUACCAUCUGGGGUGAAGGCCAAGCUGAGUCCCUGAAAACAGUUGUGGAUUCGCCAUUCGGCAAAAUAGGUGCCUUGAACUGCUGGGAGCAUCUGCAACCUUUGCUGCGCUACUACGAGUACACACAAGGUGUACAGAUCCACGUCUCGAGCUGGCCGUCCAUCUUCAGCAUGCCCGAGCCUGAAAAGAUUACUUGGCUCUACCAUGAGACUGGCGAGGCGAAUAAUCGCAUUAGCCAGAAUAUGGCGAUAGAAGGUGCAACUUUCGUCAUCUGCUCUUCGCAGAUUCUUACAGAGAAGGGUCUAGAGACGAACAGCCUGUUGGCAGGUAAUCCCGUCACCAAGCCUGGUGGUGGUUUCUCUCAGAUAUUCGGACCCGAUGGAAAGCCAUUGUGUGAACCAAUUGGAGAGGGUGAAGAAGCAAUUUUACAGGCCGAUAUAGCUCUAAGCGACAUCGCCAAGGCUAAGAUAUUCAUCGAUGUCGCUGGCCAUUACGCUCGACCAGACAUGUUGAGUCUCCUAGUCAAUCCAACAGUUGCUAAACACGUCACAGUAAUGGACAAAUAG